AUGGUUUUUAACGCUGGUUACCGAACGCCGAAUCCGUCAGAAAUUAUGGCAUCUGCCAAGUCCAGGUUGGUUGGAGUCUUGGAAUUAUUCGAUUCGUCCACACACACCGCUCGAAGGCCCUCCAAAAAAACAAUUUCAAAACCCAAUAUGACCUCCAAGAGUUUCGGCAGUCCCAUAAAUGUGGAGCAGUCGGUAAUAUUCUUCGAUGUGCUCCAGGAUUUUCUCCCGCGAGAAAAAUCCCACACAGUAUCACAAAAGAGCGAUGCCCAGUCAUUGCUGAACGUAUACAAGGGUGAUGUCGUUCACCUUAUUGACUUUGCACCCAAUAAUCUCGUUGAGGUGCGUCUAGUCAACCGCGUGGGUCAAGGACUAGUCCCCAUAAGAUGUUUGGCUGUUAACCGCAGUCUGACACCCACAAUAUCAUCAGAUUUCGCUACAACGCCGACUACAUUACAAUCGCCAAUUCACAAAGCAACCACUCUCCCGGCUGUUAAUUUGCCUUUCUCGUCAACGAAUUCUGGUAAGGACGCAUUCGGUGCGUCCUUACCAGAAAUCAAAAGCUGUCAGGUAGAGGCCAUCGAUCUGUGGGAUAAUCGAAUGUGGUACAAGAUCAGAUGCGUAAUGAAAACCGGUCAUCAUCGUGUCUUGUCUAGAUUUUAUCAGGAUUUCUAUUCACUGCAACUUUUGAUCAAAGACCAGUUGAUAAGGGAGAACAUUAACGACAUUCAAGAAUUCCUUCCUACGCUUCCAUCCCCUUGCGGAUCCAUAACUUCGUGCCAGGUCAAAAAUAGAGUCAAGGAGCUCAACAAAUACUUUGGCGAGCUACUUGGUUCAUCUGUUAUAUCAGAAGAUAUUAGAAUAGACAUCAUUCAAAACAACUGGCUAUCUCCUAAACCUGGGGAUGUCGUUAUUACGCCGCGUGGCUCGACAUUCAAGCUAUGGCCCUCGCCUUCAGGUAGUGAGUCUUGGGAAGCUGUUACCGGUAAGUUUUAUAAUGCACAAAACAACUUUGCCGAGCACCUCAAUCCCGUUAUUGGCAUGAAAAGCAGAGCAUUAUCUUUCUCGGCGAAAAGAUUGACAUUAGAGUCGCCCACGUUGAAAAGGAAACCUCAUUCGGCGCCGGCCACACCUGCGCUCUCCACAUUCGGAUUCGAUGUUCCUUAUCGAGAGGAGAAGGACAUCAAGGUGAAAUUUGUAUAUGAUGACGAGUGCUAUGUUGCCAAAUGUGCUACCUCAGAACUUCAAUCGUACCAGCAACUGGAUCGUUUGUGCCACGCUAAGCUCACGGGUUGCCUGCCCGAUGCCAACUUCCCACUGAUGAUUUCGUUAAUAAACGAUAAACAAGAGAAUGUGGUUCUUACCGAGGAAUCAUUCCGCUCUUCAAUCGCUGACCUCCAUUCCGGAAAGUUAACCUCAAAUAACGUAACAUGUUUUAACUUGAAGAAGUUGGUGCUGCGUGUAACGGCCUUAAAAUAG